AUGGCUUCCAGAACACAAUUUGAAAACUCCAACGAGGUGGGUGUCUUCUCCAAGUUGACUAACUCCUACUGUCUUGUCGCUGUGGGAGGCUCCGAAAACUUCUACUCUGCUUUUGAAGCUGAGCUCGGCGAUGUCAUCCCCAUCGUCAGAACAACCAUCGCUGGUACCAGAAUCGUCGGUAGAAUGACCGCAGGUAACAGAAGAGGAUUGUUGGUGCCUACACAGACCAGCGAUCAAGAACUAAUGCACUUGAGAAACUCCUUGCCAGACUCGGUCAAGAUCCAGAGAGUGGAGGAAAGAUUGUCUGCUUUGGGUAACGUUAUAUGCUGCAACGACUACGUUGCAUUGGUACACCCAGAUAUCGAGAGAGAAACUGAAGAGUUGAUUGCCGAUGUUUUGGGAGUGGAGGUUUUCCGUCAGACUAUCGCCGGUAACGUCUUGGUUGGUUCUUACUGUUCUCUCUCCAACCAGGGAGGUUUGGUGCACCCACAGACGUCCAUCCAGGACCAGGAGGAGUUGUCUUCGCUCUUACAGGUUCCUCUUGUGGCUGGAACUGUCAACAGAGGAUCCUCUGUCGUGGGAGCCGGUAUGGUUGUGAAUGACUGGUUGGCAGUGACUGGUUUGGACACCACCGCUCCAGAGUUGAGCGUGGUGGAGUCGAUUUUCAGAUUGCAAGAUGCACAGCCUGAUGCUAUUUCAGGCAACUUGAGAGAUACGUUGAUCGAGACGUACUCGUAG